GUGGGCGGGCCCGUGCCCGGGCGGAGCGGGCGCGCAGGGCCGGCCGGCAGCGGCCAUGUGGGGCUGGGGCGACCCCGGUGGGGCCGCCGCUGCCGCCACCGUCGUCCUGAGCGGGACCCGCGACUGCUUCUUGCACCUGCCGCCCGCGCUGGCCUCGCUCCUCCGCCUGCAGCAGGGCCAAGCUGUGAAAGUAUCCUGUGGUCAUCAGCCAGUAUUUUUGAGCUGGAUGGAAACCAGGCAUCGAGGUCACCAGGGUGAAAAUAUUGCAGAGAUUAACAGACAUUUGGCAGAGAAACUUGGCAUCACAGAUGGAGAACAGGUGUUUCUUGAACCCUGUUCCCAUGUGUCCUCAUGUCAGCAAGUAGAAGUGGAACCACUCACAGCAGAUGAUUGGGAAAUUCUGGAACUUCAUGCUUCCUCUCUUGAAAGACAUCUUCUUGACCAGAUUCGAGUGGUGUUUCCAAGAGCCAUCUUUCCUGUCUGGGUUGAGCAGCACACCCAUGUUUACAUCAGAAUCGGUACACUUGUGCCAGCAGCCCCAUAUGGGAGAUUAGAGCCACGCACGGAGCUUCUGAUAUGUCCCAAAACACAUGGACCUGAGGAGAAUAUCACCAGCACACCUGCCGCAGAAAGUGACAUCUUGCUCAAAAAUUUUGUGAAAAAUAACAUGGAACAAGAAGAAACAUUAAAGGAUCCUUUUGCCAAACAACCUUACUUAAAGCCUGGAGUCCUUGAACAGAGUAAGACUGAUGCAAACAUGACGUUUGGCUCAAAUGUUCUCCCAAAUAUAUGGAAUUUCAUAGGGAACAUUUUCUCUAAUACAUCUGAGCAGAAAGAAAAGACUUCGUGUGAUAACGAUGAAAUGAGCAUCUUCAAAGACAAGCUGCUGAACUUAAUUCACAUGGAUUCCAUUUUUAGAGUAUGUCAGUCCCAGCCUCCCAGCGUACAGAAUGUAUCCACCACUCAUGAAUUUCUGAAAUGCAGUGCUGUUCACGUUUUUCCGUGGAAUUUAGAAUAUAUUGAUUUGGAUCCAAAUCCUGUACUAUCUUAUGGGAAAAUUAACGAGCUGCUUUCCCCAAGACAACGUCAUCAAGAAGCAAAACAAAAUCUGCCCCUUGAAAAGCAAAAUCAUGUGACUACUACACAAAACAAAAACCCUUCUAAUUCUAUUAGUGGUGAAGCAUCCAGUGAGGGAUCUGUUGUUCAAAUCGUUUGGAAUGGAUUUGAAGACCUAAAGAGUGUCAUAGAGUGUGGCCAUGAUGGAGGAGCCCUGCAUGUUGGAAGAGUUUGGAUUGCAGAUGAUCUGAGAAAAAAACUACAUAUCGAAAUACAUUCAACAGUCCGAAUUAAGUCAGUUGAAUCUAUUCCUAAAAUUCCUGUAUCUCUUACACUGCAACCCAAACAGAACUUACAUAAAGAUAUACACGAAGAUGAUGUUAAAUGUGCAUUCAGUUCCUGGCUGCAGGAUUCCACAACUGAUGAUCACCCAUGGAUAAUGACAAGCACAGACUGUGUACAUCUGUCUGUUAAAGAAGGAAUAGAGGAGUUUGUCCUUAGUGCAACGCAUCCUGUGCACAUUGAAGAAAAUAAGUCUGAGAAUAUUUUUAUACUGAGUCCCAGUUUGCUGCAAAAGACAAAUAUACAAGUUCUUUUACAUCCUCUAAGUAGAAAAGCUGACGAUGACAACCAGCCAGCUAUGCCUGAUAGAGACAAGAACCUUCCAUACCACAAACUAAGCGACUUAGGAGGAGUGGACAAAUUAGGAACAUCUUUAUUUGAACACAUAAGCCACAGUCUUCUGGGGCGUCCUUUAUCUCAAAAGCUGGCUGCUAAUGCUGUGGGACUGCGAAGUGGAGGGGUGCUUCUCACAGGAGGAAAGGGAAGUGGAAAAUCAACAUUAGCAAAGGCCAUCUGCAAGGAAGCUUUCACUAGACUGGAUGCUCAUGUAGAAGUAAUUGAUUGUAAAGCUUUAAAAGGAAAAAGAUUAGUAAACAUAAGGAAACAUGUGGAAGAAGCUUUUUUAGAGGCAGCAUGGAGACAGCCAUCCAUUCUUCUGAUGGAUGAUCUUGAUCACAUUGUCGGAGUACCUUCUACACCAGAGCAUGAGAACAGCCCUGAAACUGUUCAGAGCAAUAGACUUGCUUAUGUUUUGAAAGAUCUGAUGAAAGAAGUUAUUUCCAUGGGGAGUUUGAUUGCAUUAAUUGCCACGAGUCAGUCUGAACAUUCCCUUCAUCCUUCCCUGGUUUCAGCACAAGGAACUCAUGUAUUUCAAUGCUUCAAAUGUAUCCGAUCUCCAGAUCAGAAGCAAAGAUAUGAAGUGCUGUAUUCCAUAAUAAAGAAGAAACUGAAUUCUGAUCCGAAGGACUUCUCUGAUCUUGACCUCCAGUGUAUUGCAAAGGAAACAGAAGGUUUUGUUGCUAGAGAUUUUUGUAUGCUGGUGGAUCGUGCCAUUCAUACCUGUGCUUCUAACCAGAAUGCAUCAGAUAAUGGUGAUUUGAACCUGUCAACUGUGGAUUUUCAGAAAGCUCUAAAAGAUUUUACUCCAUUAGCUCUGAGAAAUGUCAGCCUUCAUAAACCUAAAGACCUUGGCUGGGACAGGAUUGGUGGCUUAAAAGAUGUGAAGCAAAUGCUCAGGGAUACCAUCAUGUUACCUGCAAAGUAUCCAGAAUUAUUUGCAAACCUGCCUAUACGGCAGAGAUCAGGAGUCUUGCUGUAUGGAGCACCUGGAACAGGAAAAACACUGUUGGCAGGAGUGGUUGCAAGAGAGAGUGCAAUGAAUUUCAUCAGCAUCAAGGGACCAGAGCUGCUCAGCAAAUAUAUUGGAGCAAGUGAACAAGCAGUUCGAGAUAUAUUUAACAGAGCUCAGGCAGCUAAGCCUUGUAUUGUUUUCUUUGAUGAGUUUGAUUCUAUUGCUCCUCGCCGAGGUCACGACAACACAGGAGUCACCGACCGAGUGGUUAACCAGCUGUUGACUCAGUUAGAUGGUGUGGAAGGCCUGCAAGGAGUUUAUGUGCUAGCUGCUACCAGUCGCCCGGAUUUGAUUGAUCCUGCUUUGUUAAGGCCAGGUCGACUGGAUAAAUGCCUGUACUGUCCACCUCCUGAUCAGAAUUCGCGUUAUGAAAUCUUAAAAGCUCUCAGUCAUUCCCUGUCUUUGGCAAAUGAUGUGGACUUCCAGGAUUUGGCAGCAAAAACAGAACAGUUCACAGGGGCUGACCUAAAAGCUUUAUUGUACAAUGCCCAAUUAGAGGCAAUCCAUACUAAUUUAAAUUUAGGUUUAACACAGGAUUUUGGAUCUAGUUCUGAUAGUGACUUCAGUCUCUCUUCCAUGGUUUUUCUAAACCACAGCAGUGGCUCAGAUGAUUCAGCAGCAGAUGGAGAAGCAGGGCUAGAGCACUCUCUUAUUUCUUUAGAUAUGUCUGACUUGCUUCCUGAAGAUCCAAGGUCCAACAUGUAUCGUCUUUAUUUUGGAAGUUCUUAUGAAUCAGAGCUGGGGAAUGGAACUCCUUCAGAACUGAGCUCUUUGUGUUUGUCCGGUCCAAACUCCAUAACUUACGACUUCACCAGCAUCACUCAGAGAGAUGUUGCAUCCUCACAACCUGCAAUGCUUAGAACAGCUUCUCAAGAAGGCUCCCUGGAGAACCAGGAGCAGCAAGCAGAGCACCUGAGGACAGAAAUCAAUGCUAGCAAGGCCAAUUACAGAAGCAAGAAUGGAGAGGACAGCAUCCUUAAUCCGUCAGUGCUUCCCAAGACCACUGUAACUAUUACCCAGUCUCAUCUGAUGACUGCUCUUCAGGGUAUGAGACCAUCCAUUAGUCAGGACGACUGGAAACAUUUUACUGAACUGUAUGAUAAUUUUCAGAAUCCCAAGAAGAGGAAAGUACAGAUUGGCGCAACAUUCAGACCAGGACAAAAAAUGACUCUAGCUUAGUAACUUGUAUUUGCUUGUAACUGCUAAACUGUAACUGGAAAUGACAGAUGUGCUUAAAUCAGAUUAUUUAUAUUCAUAUAGAUUUAUUAAUGCAGCAGUUGGAGAUAAGUUUCUUUUAAACUAAUAUGCUGUAAAAUUAUGUCACAUUUUAUUUUGAAGAAAAUUGUCCUCCUUUAGAUUGAUAUUAAAUUUUUUGAGAGAACAUUGGUUAUGUUCUGUCCACUUGUUUAUCAUAUAAACUUUUAAACUUUGUUUUUUAUCAAUUUACUUGCCACAGUCUAACAAUGAUUUCCUGUCCCCUGCUUACUCCCUCACAACAAAUGGAAUCUGGUCAAAUAGACUGUAAUAUUAAUGGGGGAUAUGUUUUUAAAAUAUUAUAUAAAGCCAUUCUCUAAGGGCUUUUAGAGGGCUUAGAGGAGGUUGGUACUUCAUAUGUAUAUUAGCAGGCAAAUAGACUAAUAUUUCUAGAAUAUACUUUUCUAGCUAUAGCAGGAAAAACCAGACCAAGAUACUUGCAUCUUGUUUUCUGCCACUGUUUGUUAAUCAAAAGAAUACCAAAUUGCGUUUCACAACACCUGCACCUUCUUACCACUACUUUUUUUUUUUUCCCCCAGAGACCGCUAAAAAUAUUUCAGAUGCUUGGAAGCUUUCUAAUGUUACAGCUGAAAUUAUUCACAACUCUUGUCUUCCAUGGAGAUUGUUAAAGAGUUGUGUUCCUUAACUGAUACAUAGAUAACCAGGUCUUAACACAAGGAGGAAGGAAAACUAGAGAUGUUUCCCAUUAGUCUGUUUGACCCUUUCACAGCAUUUUGCUUCCCCUUCAAAAUAGCCUUCAUCUCUAAGCCAAGGAAGUACUGUAUUAUCAUCAGUUCAAAUACUUGCAUUUGAAACUUCAACUCCAUUAAUUUAUUGAUUAGUUCCUGCAGUAUCUCAGGUACCAAUAGGCAUUUUCACUUACUUUUUCACCUACUGGCUUAGAUUUUUCAGUCAAGGGUUCUUUCCUACAUCCAGAACCUCUAUAAGAAGGUGGUCUUCCAGUUCUGUCCAUGUCAAAAUUGUUUAAAGAACACUGUGGUUUAUGACAUCUUCUUCACUUGGUAAAGAAACCUUCAGAUAUUACAAAAACACCCAGAUCAGUCAAAAUUAGCAGCACCAUCUGUUCUUCAAUUUAGGUCUAGAUAAUGGUUGUACAAAAUUUCAUUAGAAGUGCAAAUUAUUUAAUGUUCCUGGUACUGAUGAUCUCAUAAUGCACUGAUACUUUACUCUGAAAGGACCAGUCGCAGGCUAUUGUGAUGGAAAGACAAUUCCAUAGAUUAUUGUGCUGUCCUCACACUGGGAGUCAUUUAAUUGGAAUACUGUACUUCAGUGCCAAGAAUUAAAUUGCUAGAGUUAAAAAGGAAGGUUUGCUCUAUGCCAAGGUCUUAUUAGUCCUCAACCAAAAUGGUGUACUACACUGUCAGGGAAAAUGUUCUUAAAACCCAGGAAGUCAAAGUUCCAAAUCUCUGUUUUUCCUCCUUCCUCCAUGCAAGAAAUUUCACCAGUGAAUGAGCUCAGUGUUAGUUCGGACAUUUCCAUGCAUGCAUAACCUGGAUGAUGCUGAGGGCAGGUUCAUGGGAUCCAAGAAGGAGGUCACUGAAUAACUACCUGCUGUUAGGUGAUCUUUGGUUACAUUCUGAGUUACAUUGACAUCUCACCUUGGAAGGUAGUAGAGAAUGUAAAUGAAGCCUAGCUGAGAUCUGUUGUAAAUCUGAUGUACAAGGAGCAUUAAGUCUGUAGCUCACAGGAGGAUAAUGCCUUCUAUUCAAGUGUUGUGCAAUCAGGAUCAGCUGGCCUGUAGAGACUCUUGCACAAGGCCUGGGAGGGAGAGGCACUCCAAGAGAAAAGAAACUGAUGACAUUAAUUUUACAUUCUGUAGGGCAGUAGGAUUUAACUGCAGUGGCUCAUGAUGAUUGCACAGGCUGACAAGCAAUGUGUGUCAUGUUUGAACCUGUUUUCUAGUCUCCUCCAUCCAGUCAAGAACUAAACAAGCUCUGUGAAGCAGCAAUCUAGAGAUGAACAAAUCCUGUGCCUCCUCACUAGUUCUCCUGUCACUAUCUCUCUUAGGGUUAGGGUUAGGGGCUAGGGUUAGGAGUUCAGCAGAGUUAAUCUUGUGGAACAAAACUGGGAGACUGGAUUACAAUUUGUCAAUGUCAGUUGACAAGGAUUCACUUGUCUCUCACAGACAUCAUUUGGGAAUAACCCAUUUACUGCCGCCCCUUGAGAAUUUCGGCUUUGAGGUUCAAUUGCUUGAAUUCUCCCACUUCUAAAAUAGCCCAAACAGUAACGAUCUGUCUCAGGCACAGUAAAAUCUGUUGACUAAGGUUUAGCCUGCUGUUGCAGUGAUGCAACAAAGAGGUCUAGGAUUAAAUACUUCCAGAUGCUCAGGCAGUAGUAGAAAUGCUAAAUCACUUUGCUGGUGUUUAGGUCACAAGUGUAAGUCAGAUUAACAGAAAAGAAGUGGGAAAAAUCAAUCCUCUCUAUCCUCUUACAGCAGGCAGGGCCUUUGUAAGACUUUCAUAUAUGUGGCCUUCCUGUAAUGUCCUACAGCAGUCAUGUCAGCUGCUAUUAGGUAACCAGGGCAGAUUUUGCAUCUCUCAGCAGUGCUGUCCCCUACCAGCCUCCAAAAGUCUUUAAUAGCUUGAAUUAGUUUAAGUGAUUUAGUGAAGACUGAUAUCUCAGGUACAAAGUCAGUCUGGAAUUCCCGGGUGCAAAAAGAUGACCUCAUUCUUCACUGUUCACACAAAACCAGUUCUUAGGAUUCUGCAGGAAUGGUUACUACCUGUGUAAGCACAGCUACAGCACAGUUUGGAGCUUGUGGAGACCCAGCGUGGACAUGGAUUUUGGUACAUCAAAAAUUACUGAGCUCAUGCAGGUGUUGGGCAAUUUCCCUUAUUUCCAGAGAUCAGCAGCUUUGUAGAAUAAAAAGCAAAGAAUAAAAACCAAAAUGUUUGGAACCACCCACAAAAUGCUAUCAGUGCCACAUGGUUUUAUGUCCAUUUUCUUUUGGGAAGGUAACUGGGUCCUUCAGAUGAACUAAUUGCAGAUUCAGUGCUAAUCUCCGCUUCCAUAAUUAUUGCCAAGUUUCAGGAAAUACUAAUACAAUUAUUUCUUAAUAAUAUGUAUUACUUUAAUGUAAUGCUUGUAUAUUGCCAAAGCACUGCUGAAGUUAUUUUAUAACUAGAGCAUCAUGACCUUGUUUAGAUACUUCAAGGCUGCAACAGGAGCUAUUUGGUGGUUUACUGUUUUUGUGUUUGCCAAGAACUAAGUCUUAUCCCCAUUUUCUAAUGGCCAUUUUUCCAGUAGUUAAAAACCUGUUCAUUUUCUAAAUGUCUAAAAGAUAUUUUCUUCACUGUUAAAAGACAAAAUGUCCUUCAUGAAGGACAGGUAUAAAACAUGGAUGUAGGAAAAACCCACUUAAAGCCAACAUAUUGAAAGUUGUUUUUUCUACAGAUCCUGGGGAGAAAAAGAUCUUAGCUUCCCUCACAUCAGCAUCUGCCUCUACACUGACCCCAGUCCUUCUUCCCAUGUUUAGGUGGUUGGAUCUUUGUCCUUCCCCAGCAGCUGUCCAGCUCUGCAGGCUCUGCUGACUGAGCCAUGUCUUGGUGAGGACAGUGGGUCUAAAGCAGAACUCCUGUGGUGGGGAGCAGGCAGAGUGCUGGGGUGCUGUGAGACACGUGGGGUUGUUCCUCUCUGUCCCUAAGGGAUGCUGGGCCCCUGUAACCUGGAGCACAAGGAUGAGUUGAUCUGUCCUAAGGGGCUAUGGUUGGGAGCUACUGCCGCCUUCCCAGGGUGCUCCUUCUUCCCUGAGCAGCUGGAGCAGGCAGGCAGGUGGAGAGAGAAAUGCUCAUGAGAAACGUUAAUUUCAUUUCUUAAUGGCUUUAAGUGGAUAUCUUAUCCCAGCUCCCUGCUAUGAUGAAAUGAAUUCUAGAAAAGGCUGUAGGGUGGAAUGCAGCCUUUUCACAGGCCCUUCUUCGGUGAGAUGGAACUUGAGCCAUUCACAUACAUUAACAGACAUUUACAGGGAACAAUCAGAAAAACCUGAAAUUGCAACCUGGUGCCAAGGGAAGAGAUGGGACCUGUGCAGUGCUUUUUGAGACAGCCCAUCAUUUUCUCAGACUGCAGAGUGGCAGCAGGGGGGUGUCAUAAGAUGUGUAGGAUUGCACUCAUUCUGUGCAGGCACUGUUUUGCUCUGACAUUUGUCAGCUCUCUGGUUGUCAUACUACAAGUAAAUUUGGUUUGCAAAUGUUUCCCCUCAAGCACUGCAAGAUGUAUUUGCCACGUAAGUUGUGUAACAUUAGUUCCCUCUUUGAAAAUUCAAUCUUUUUAUUCUUGCUAUUUUUUUCCAUAGGUGACUGAUGAAGAAAGUCACCCUUUCCAGUUAACAGCUGAAAAAUUAAAAGCUGCAUUACAGAAACGAAAAAGCAGGUAUCAAUAACACAGAUCUCAGAUUUUCAUGCUUUCCUUAUUAUUUUGCAAGCAGCAUAUGUUCUCAGUAUUGAAGUACUUAUACAGUUUCAUCUCUGCAGAUUUUCAGUCUUGUGACCUAGGUGGGUCCAACUAUGGCAACAAGAGAUGAUUUUAUAAUUUGGGCACUAUGACAAAAUGCAGAUAAACUCCCUGUACUUCAUGAAGAACUGUAUUUUAUUUUAUGUUAUGAAGAACAGUUCUUGUUUUUUAAGACCAAGUUUCUUUCUCUGUGGAUUGUAAUGAAUUCAAAGUGUUGUAAACAAGAUACAGUUCUGACCCUGAGAAGAGAGACUAUGCUACUGUAACAAUAUACUCAAUUAAAGAAACAUGUGUAAUGUGAUUUUUGUAGAGGUUUCUUCUCAGUUACAGCUAAGAAGAAAAUGUCAACAAAUAAAAACAUCUAAAAUGUAUUUUUUCCAGAGUUUAGGAAACUUCAUUUGUUCAAGACACUUAGCAUGAUCAGUGAUUCUAUUCUGAUUGGGACUGCAUAACCAGGGACAAUAUUGUUUGUCACAUCCAA